AGGCAGGGGGGACGAGGGUGACAGCGAACAGCGACUUUUAUAAAUAAAGCGCCCACAGCUGCACGGACUGGUACUGUGUCGACUUUGUUUAAUAUUCCAGCAGGGAACCAGCGCGCUGCUGUACUGUAGCCGACCCGGGACAAGCCCUCUGUUGCGUUUCUGUCGCGUCCCAGUGUUGAAUUACAGUGUGAUUGUGUAGUAGAGAGGAGAAACCGGUCGGAGGAGGUGAACUGGUUCAGGCCUCGGCUGGAGGAGCUGGUGUGACGUAGCAUUCCACCAACACACACUCACGCGCGCGCACGCACCGGCUGCCGCUGCGCCUGCCAGAAUCUCAAUGUGGGGAAAUGACCGCGAGUGACCUCAAAGGAAACGCUGUAUUUUAGCGGCUGCUCGCGUUUUAAUUUUACACGCAAUUACAGCGAGAAUGUGCGUCAAAAUUUAGCGUGAUAUCUCAUUGUGGAAGACGUUUCACUGCGGGAAAGGACACGAGCAAACUGGUCGCGCGACUGUGUCACUAGCUUGCGAGCAGCCGGGCUAACGUUAGCUAGCUGAGCUAAAGCAGUAGCCGGGUGUCUCACCGCUAGCGGCCGUGCUUGUACUUAUCCCCCUGCAGAUGCUAAGCUAGGCUAGGCUAGCUGUUGCCAUGGAUAAAGCCAAGUCAAUGAUCGAUAAGAAAGGAGCGUCGGGACCUUUUCAUGUCAACAACGGGCAGAGCCAGAGGGGGUUUCAUGCUAACGGCAGCUGCUGCAGUAGCAACAGUACAUUCGGCUCGAGCUCCGGACCCAACAGCAGCACAUUUGAGAACAUGCAUCACCUGCACCGCGGGGACGAUGCGGAGUGCAACGGGUCCCCGGCCAAGAGGUGCCGGCUACGGAGGAGGACCGAGUCGGUGAGACGGAACAGACCACCCUUCCCCUGGUUUGGCAUGGACAUCGGUGGCACCCUGGUCAAGUUGGUGUACUUUGAGCCGGUCGAUAUAACUGCUGAGGAAGAGCAGGAAGAAGUGGAAAACCUCAAGUCCAUCCGCCGCUACCUCACCUCAAACGUGGCCUAUGGUAAAACAGGUGUCCGUGAUGUCCACCUGGAGCUGAGGAACCUGACCAUGUGCGGCAGGACGGGAAACCUGCACUUCAUCCGCUUCCCAACGCAGGCCAUGCCCCGUUUCAUCCAGAUGGGUCGCGACAAGAACUUCUCCAGCCUGCACACAACGCUCUGCGCCACCGGAGGCGGGGCGUACAAGUUCGAGAAUGACUUCAGAACGAUGGCCGACCUGGAGCUGCUAAAGCUUGACGAGCUGGACUGCCUGAUCCGCGGCCUGCUGUUCGUGGACAGGGUGAGCUUCAACGGACACCCAGAGGGCUACUACUUCCAGAACCCAUCAGACACACAAAGCUGCGUGAAGAAGCCCUGCACCCUGGACAACCCCUUCCCCAUGCUGCUGGUCAACAUCGGCUCCGGGGUCUCCAUACUGGCUGUGUACUCGGAGAACAACUACAAACGGGUGACUGGGACUAGUCUCGGCGGUGGUACAUUCCUGGGCCUUUGCUGUCUUUUGACGGGCUGCGAAACCUUCGAGGAGGCGUUGGAAAUGGCCAGCAAGGGCGACUCCACCAACGUGGACAAACUGGUGAAAGAUAUCUACGGUGGAGACUACGAGCGCUUUGGCCUGCAGGGCUCUGCUGUAGCGUCCAGUUUUGGCCACAUGAUGAGCAAAGAGAAGCGAGACAGCAUCAGUAAGGAAGACCUCGCCAGAGCCACAUUGGUAACCAUCACUAACAACAUAGGAUCCAUAGCACGGAUGUGUGCUGUCAACGAGAAAAUCGAGCGUGUGGUGUUUGUGGGGAACUUCCUUCGUAUCAACACAGUGUCCACAAAGCUGCUAGCCUACGCCAUGGACUUCUGGUCGAAAGGACAACUACGAGCCCUCUUCCUGGAACAUGAGGGUUAUUUCGGAGCCGUCGGGGCACUGAUGGAGCUGCUCAAGACAACAGAGGACCCAUGAAGGAUAUUACAUUGUGACAUCAUCGACCCUCGACAAGACGAUGUCAUCCACCCCCGAAUGCUGUGAUGUCACCAACUCUCGAUGCUGUGACGUCAUCAACUUUUGAUGCUGCUGAAAGGUCCUGUUCACAGAGGCCGCUAAAGGAACACUAAGAGAGAGAGCGACACACAGAAACUGAGAAAAGCCAUUUUAAUAAUUUAACUCGUGUAAAUAAUGAUAACCUCUAACAUUCAUCUCCUGAGCUCCCCCGACAGAGUCCCCCUAUCAUAGAGGUUUUAAUAUUGUAAUCUUUAAUUUAUGGUUUCCUGUAAUCACCUCUGUUGAUUCCAGUAAUCAGCCCUGUGUCAGGAAGCACAAAGUGUUUUAGUGUUUUUCGUCACUGUGUGUAUUUGUGUGAAUAGCUACUGUAGCAUUACAUCCUGGAGGCUGUGGUUUCACAGGCGACUAUUUGUGCAACAAUUCUCGAAGAUUAGAUGUCGGCACAGAAAUUACGUCACUCUUGAAAGAGCAGUUGGGCAUUUUUACCACCAGGGACUCAUGGAAAUUCCUUUUCUGUGACCGCAGAUACAUUUGACCAGCGAUGCCUCCUGCCUUCAGCUGUCAGAGUGCAGACAGGCAGCUGUAGCUGAACCCAUCUGGGAACCCAUCGGCUAUCAGUCUGACAACGAUUUAGCCUCUUUGGGCAAUGGCCAAUAUUUUAGAGAAUCCAUUGAAGCCAACGGUUACCUGAAUCACAGAUAUCCAUGCUCAUUGUUUACAGUCUGAUUAGCAACUUGAGACACUAUACACAGAGUCCUGGUGCUCUAUAAACACAUAUGUGCAUAUUGAAAAGCUAAAAAGUCCUCAGACGAUAGCUGAUGGUUUCUGAGAUUGCAUUUGAACCAAUGUGUUCCACGUUUUUCACUCUCCACACGGACGUUUAAUCUGCAUGCAACUAAAGCCUGCUCAAACAUGACUGGUCAAUGUUACUUGGACUACAAACAAAAAAGCAAAUAUGCAGAUAUCUGUUUAUUACAGACGCUGUCAAACCAUCAAGACCACAGCUAGUGGUCAUCCAGCUCCAAAACUACAGCUGGACAGCAGUCCUGGCAGCAGCUAGGGUUAGGAGGCAUUGCGUUGUUGCACAAAAGGUCGCCCACCACGCCACAGCCGAAGGAGUGCACUGAGGACAAAUCCUGUUGAGAUUCGUACGACGCCUGCCUCCUUCAGCCCAGAGGGGAAGCAGAGAAACAGUCUUUAAUUCUUUCUGUCGCUCCAUUGCUCAUGGCCUUCGCUUUUUGUUUUGUUUGUCCUCCGUCUGCCUACAUGUAAACGACAUUAACAACACCAUAUUGCCACACAUGCGUACCUAACCUGCUGAGUUUAGUGUUAGAUGAUGGGACCAAGACCUUGUCUUCCAACAGAUGGCGCUGCAGUCGUGUCUUUGUUGUUUAUGUCUGUUGACCAGCAUCACCACAGCUGUAGUUGAGGCCACAGUCUGUUCAGCGGCUUGUGUUUGUGAUUUGUAAGAAUACUGUGGGAUUAAUCUUUUCUCUGUAGGGAAUCAUCUUUUCUUUUCCUCUUACUCUUCCCUGUCUUGUCAGUGUCACGUUAGGAGGGUGGAGGCCUGCUUCCUCACCCUCUAGCCAACCCGGCUGCCUUGUUGAGAUGCUGCAGUGUGAUUUAAUGAGGAGAUUAUGGUCCAGCACCUCCUGCUGUAGAUGCAGACGCAGAAGAAUGGUGUCACCUUUUGGGAGACUAUAGGGACCAAGAUGCUUGUAGCCAACAGUUGCCCCUCAUGUUAAACACACUACAAAUUUGCCUGCAGCAGUAUCAGCUCAUCUUUUAGGUUAGAUUGUGUUUUUACUGUCUUUAUGGUGCAGAUUUUUUGCAUGACAGUCAGUGGUUUGUUCUCUGAAGUGCUGGUGGGUGGGUGGAGUUUUCUUCCCACCAUUUUGCUCUCACAAAAAAUGAGAAAACACAGUCAUUACUACACUUUCAGAAAGAUACAUGAGAUAGCCAACAUUCCCCAACUACAACCCUGAUGAUCACUUUUUAUCCCUCAUAGACCCUUUUAAAUAACGUGUGCUUCACUUCAACCAACCAUUGCCUCUAAUAAUUUCUGUCUGACACUCUUUUAAAGGAAGCCAAUUAUUUGGGGAAGUUGUAAAAUACAUGCACACCUCAUCCUGAAAGAAAGGUUUGCUUGUAAUUUAUGACAGCUGUAAAGAGGCUUCAUCGUCAGUGAGCUUUCUAGGUACAGUCAGUUCAUUGUAGAAUCAUUACAUCAUAGCUGUUUUUGAGAAAGAUGCCGGGUUUCCUGUUUCCUCCUCUCAGCCUGGACCUUUACAGCCUUUCAUCUCUGUUUAAUAUCAAAGCAGCUGAGCUAUAAAUCUGGGCGAUGUCGUCUCCUCUGUCCACCGCUUUAGAUAUUUAGCACCACUGUCCACAUGCCUUCACUCUCCAGCAGAGAAACUGUGCUCUUUGUGUAUUUCACCUCCGUCUCUCAGUUCUUGUACGACUAUUUGUUGUUGAAGUACCUCCAAAGCAUCACUGCUGUACCAACACUUUAACGUUGGUUAGUUAUCUGUGUCUCCGAGCCUGAUGUACAAGUGUACAAGUAUUUUCUUGACCUUUCUGGACCCUUUCUAACGUUUCGCCUACAGUAAUAACAACAAGGGUGAAAUCCUUAUCAGCUAGUUGAGUGUUAUGCAAGUAUGUUGAACCCACCAUCUAACGUACCCACGGACUACACUUUGACCCCAACAAAUAACAUGUUUGUUGCUAUGCACUUCGUCUUCCUUUGUUUGUAGUUCUUCAAAAGUUAAUUUAAGCUGAUGUUUUUGUCCACAACAAGUCACAGUACACCCAAGAUUUUUAAAGUUUUGCUGUUGAAGCAAUUGUGUUUGCAAAUGGUAGAUUAAACUGAAUCAUAAUAGAUAAGGAUACUUUUCAGUUAGCCCAUCGGGUAACAGAAUAAUGACAUUUUUACAGAGUGGAUCCUCUGUUGUUCUAAAAGCUAAAUAUCCGUAUGUUUUCUGCUGCUGAUUCUUCGAUUGUAACAGGUUUUAUUAACUUCCUGUUGACUACCUAUUGAUACUGUUCGCGUAGUCGUGUUUUGGAGGGAUUUUAGACUUUCGCAACCAUCUCCUCCGACAACACUGAAUCAUCGGUGUGUUCCAUCCUGCUUGUUUUCAGCCGUGACGACACUGUAAAUGUUCUUUUCGGGUGCUUUUUGUUCUGCUGCUUUUAUAUUUGCCUUCUUCCAACUCAUGUUUGGAUGAUAACAGUGGCCUCGACCUGUCAGGUGCCACUCAGCUUUGAAAUCCGGCUGGCAUUGGUUAUCUCGUGCCACCCCUCUUCUUCUUCUUCUUCUUCUUCUUCUUCUUCUCCGCCAUCUGAAAACCCCAAUCAGUUGCCUUCACCGUGUCUGUGCCCUUCAGUUUCCUGUGUGGUUUCAUUUUCAUUUCUCACCUGCCUCACCUCACCUCAAUGUCUUUGUUACGUUGUGCUGCGAAUAUGUUAAUGUUCGGGUUUCACUGUUGCUUUCUGUUUAUUGUUUGUUUUGUCAUGGUACUGUAGCAGUGAACACACAUUCACAGUUUGAAUAUCAAGAGACAUUCACAAGUCACCUGCUCGUCCACAGUGGGUCUUCACAAUGGCUUUGAUAUUGAAACUUGAUCAUUUUGAAAGCCACAAGAUUAUCUAGCUAUCACAGAUCAUUAAUACUGACAACUGGAAUUUUAGAUGUUUACCUGAUACCUUUCUUGUCAUUAUGUUUUUGGGCAACAGUUUGGUUUGGGAACAUUUUUCAAAAAGGUGUGUCCUAUUGUUAUUUUUAUCCUGCUUCUUUUUUUGUGGCCAGUAGUAAGUUAUAAUGUGAGUUUCUCAUGUGAUUUUAAUAUACUGUUGUACAGAAUUUUCUUUUCAUGCUUUGAUUGUUUUUUUGGUUGGCACAAAAGAACCAGUGUGAUUGUUUCCAGAAAAUGUAAAUCCCUUGCCGUCAUGCUCUGUCCGGCUGAGGAGGCCUUUUCGAGCAUGUGGUGAUUUUUCAGCACUUAUAAAAGUCAUCCGACUGCAAGCUGUAACUUUUUAAACACAGAUUUUAAACACAGAUCAUCACUGUCCUGCAGAGCCUUUUAUCUCCAAACCCGUGAACACCCAAGUAGAAGGAGCGUUUUGUCAUGGAGGCCACUCUUAACGUUUUUAAAAUCUGCUGUUCAUCAUGUGGCUCGGGCCUGACGUCAGGGCGAGAUUAAAUUGGAAACAGAUAAAUGAAGACAUACUUGUAAUAAUGUUCAGGCUUCAACCUUAAUGUUGUUUGACUUGCCUGGUUUGUGUAGGGGAGAGCAAAACUUGACUUUGGUGACACUUGCCUGAAGUCAAUUUUUACAGUUUUGUCUGCAGCCCUCUAAUCUGUAACGGGGAUGCUGUCAGCUCUUGUUCUGGCACUCCAGCAUCGUAUUUCGGACACUUAGCGUGCCUUUGGAAAACCUGUUUUAUUGGCCUUGCUGUCGAACUUGCAGCAAACUGCUCAAUAUAUAGUUGGCGUUUCGCGCACAUCUUCUAACACCACCAAACUCCCGUUUCCAGGAUAAUUGAAAUUCAGCUCAUAAACUUUGUCUUACCCACCGCCACUUUCUCCCAGUCCCCUCAUCGGUACAGCGCAUGUGCAACUCUCAUCAGAGAGGAGAAGAAGCUCACAGCUUAGCUACCUCAAUCAUCAGCUCCAGGAUCAAACAUGCUUAAUUAUUUUUGCCACAUCAGGCAAGAUUUACUCACCCAACAACUUGCCCCAGGCGAUCCUCAUCGUUGAGCCCUGACGUUGAAGAUAACAGUCUCUGCAUAACAUCGAUGACGUGUUUUAAAGUUGUUCAUUUUACCUGUAUGUUCCUGGUAACGGUGUAAUCAUGGGUUUUAAUGUGAUUUUCAUGCUCAACUAAUCUAAAACUGUUUGAAUGCAGAGUUGCAGACUGUCAUGGGGAUAUCAUGAGUUCACAUACUUGUAGUAUUUUUGUACCUAACUGUUGUAAUAAUGUGCCGCUGCAGCUUCAGUGUUUUUGACGACAAAAACCAAACGACACUUGCUGGAGUUUAAAAUUCUUCACGCAAACUGUGUCGAUGUUUUCAGCAGCAACUCUCUUGAAACCCAUCGUUCAAAACAGCAUCACAUCUUGCGCUGUACUCGACAUGUUUGUGACGUUUUGUCCUUUUUAAAAGUGUUUCAGCGACAACAUAGAUACAGUAUGAGGCAACAACACAGUCAUUCACAUCAGCUUUUAAGCGUAGAUUUUUAUGUUCCCAUGAGUCAGCAGUGUGGGUGUUUAUCUGCUUUGAUAAUGGUCUGUGAGUUGUGAUGUUAGAGUUUGGGGUCUGAACCUCACUGACGCUUUGUAUCGGGUUCAUCUCCCACCGGGACCACCUGUACUCGGAUCAGUGUAUAUUUCUCGGUACUGUAAAGGAGCUUAAAGCGUCCACCGAACGGCAAAUGUCAUGUCAUCCGUAGUGGAAUCUAACCAACGGGCUAUGCAGUAACUCAUCCAUCGAUCUCUUUGUCCCUUUCAACAAACUCACCUCUUCUCUAAAGCUACCAGAGUUGAUUGACUUGUUUGUAAAUGUUUUUAAAAAAUAUAUGCAACCCUGUUAGAGUUCCCCCGUUAGAAAUCCUGUUUGAAUCUUGACGGAGAGAGUUUCUCCUCCUGAAGUUCCUGUCCUGCUGAUAUAGUUGUUAACACUAUGUAAGGUGGAUGCUCGCAACGGGAUGUUUAAGGCCGAAUUAUGCCCCAGAAUGAGCGUAUGAAGCAUGUUUAAGAUUGAUAUCAGACUGUAAACACCUUGUUGCUGUCAAACCUCAUGUUGCGUAUGAGUUACAGUGGCAUAAUGUCCCCUGUGACCUUCUGACCUUUAGCUUCUUUUGCCUCAAAGGUUCCUAAUCUGGUCAGACAUCCUGUUGCGUGAACACAUCCAGCCUUUAAAAAACUGUCUUCUGGAAUGCUUGACUGGCGGGACAGACUUUUUCUCCCUUGUGUAUUUGAUUGUACAGAGAUUUUGUAAAUAAUAUUAAUAUGAUAUAUUCUACACCAGCAAUCUGUCUGUUGAUUAAGUUGUUUCAACUGUGCAGGGCCUGGCUUCCCAAACACCACUAGGCACUUGAUUAACAAUCCAAACGCAGACAGAGGACGCACCGAGGCGAUCCACUUUUCUCUGCAGCUUCAGCUGUGAUUGAUAGCAUCAACAAAUACUUCUGUCUGGUCUGUUUUAACCUACUUGUGGUGUAUGACACAUUUCUAGAUGUUGAUUAGCAAUAUUAGCAAGUGUCUAAAAGUGAUGGCAUCCAUUGUACAUGUGUAAAACCCACCAAUCUGUUGUGGCUUUAAUAUAAUUUUCUAAACUCCAUUCAGAUCCAUCUGACUUUGAUUAAACUUUGAUGCUAAAUAAGUCAUACACUGACUAAGAAGUGGGAUGUGACAUGUUGAGUCAGUGUUAACUGGAAUCAAUGCUCCAGGUGGUUGUUUUUCUGUCUGCUGGAUUUCAGUGCCGGUUGCUUCACCUCGACUCCUCUCGAAUCUGGGUGUGAAAGUUUUUGGGAAGCCCAGUGCUGGUUGUUGGCGUCAGUUCUGCUGCUGCUUUUAACUCCGGUUUGAAAACACAAAGGGUUAAAAAGGAAGAAAAGAGAAAAAAAAAUACAUUAAAAAUGGCUCCCUGCCUUGUGCAAUGCGUAUGUACUGAAGUGAAGAGAUUUUUUUUUCUAAAAAGGAAUUAAACUAAAACUGGAUGAGA